AAAAAUAAAAAAACACAAAUACUUUUUAUGCUUGAGUCAUUAUUUGAGUCUUUCGUUUCUAUUUGAGCGCGUAGGCCUAUAGUUGGUAUCUUUUAGAAUAAAUACAAUCUGCCUACUCUACCUCCUCUGGGCAAACGGAUGACAAAAGUUUGGGAAAAGCUUUGAGCGAACUCUCGGGGAGGUUUGCCUUGUGUGUUUUCAUUUGGGUUGGACCAAUGGCGCUGGCGGGUGGGCGGAGACGUGCCCGCCCCGCCGGACGCUCCGCCCCGCCUGUGUGUGCAGGAACACCGCUCAUACAUCCACUGUUGUUAGCGGCGGACCACUACGGGCUACGGGAUUUUUGGCCUUUUUAUCGGAAAACUUUGCAUCCUUUCACAGUUUUGUGAGCACGAAAGCCGCAGGUGGUGCACUGCGCCUCUGUCCACUGGUGUGUCGGGUUGUUUGCGGUGGCUGUCCCGCUGAGAGGUGCCUCAACCACCUCAGGUAUGUCCUCACGAUGAAGAAACGUGUGGUGGACCAGGAAGCAGUGUUCUCCUCGCAGCAGCAGCAGCAGCAGCAGCAGCAGCAGCAGCAGCAGCAGCAGCAGCAGCAGCAGCAGCAGCAGCAGCAGCAGCGUCGACCCCCCACCCAAGGGCUCCCCGAGGGCCUGCAGCACCGCACCCUCACCCCGGCCCCUACUGCAGUAGAGGUCCCCGCAGACAUGCAGCCAACUAGCGGGAUCCAGUACUCACUCCCACAAGGCUACCAGGUGCCUACCAUGGCUCAGAGCAGUAGUGGCCAUGGAGUGAAGAGUGUGGCCCCUCACGUCGGGCCCCACACACACAACCUGACAGUGCAGAGCCAGGGCCCCACUGUGGUCCAAGGGCACGUCCACCCAGCGCCAGCGCUCGCCUCCACACAGGGCCAGCAGCAGUUUCAAAGGCUAAAGGUUGAAGAUGCCCUCUCCUACCUGGAUCAAGUAAAAUUACAGUUUGGAAAUCAACCACAAGUUUACAAUGAUUUCCUGGAUAUAAUGAAAGAAUUCAAGUCUCAGAGCAUCGACACCCCCGGAGUGAUAAACCGCGUGUCACAGCUAUUCAAAGGCCACCCAGACCUCAUCAUGGGCUUCAACACGUUCCUGCCUCCUGGGUACAAGAUCGAGGUCCAGACCAAUGACAUGGUGAAUGUGACCACGCCCGGGCAGAUCCACUACAUCACUCCCCACGGCGUGUCUGUCCACAACAUCCCAGUGACUGGAGCUCCCAGCCAACCUGCCAGCCAACCCACAAGCCAGCCCCCGCCCCCACCCCAGCAGCAGCAGCAGCAAAGCACACCGGCCUCUGUCCCCCACGUCACCCCAACCACCCCUACCCCCACGGCACACGCACAGCCUCUGCCCAACAAGGUCAACAAGCCUUUGCAGUCUCCGGCCCACACACCCACCACCCAGCCCAACCCGUCCAACCCAUCAUACGCCUCCCCACGCUCCCCUCCAGCCCAGUGCCACACCCCUGUGAGCAGCACCCCAUCCAGCGGACCACCGCCCCAGAACAACCAGCCUGUGGAGUUCAACCACGCCAUCAACUAUGUCAACAAGAUCAAGAACCGCUUCCAGGGACAGCCAGACAUCUACAAAGCCUUUCUGGAAAUCUUACACACGUACCAGAAGGAGCAGCGCAAUGCUAAGGAGGCCGGAGGGAGCUACACCCCAGUGCUGACAGAGCAGGAGGUCUACACCCAGGUGGCCAGGCUUUUCAAAAACCAAGAAGAUCUGCUCUCAGAGUUUGGACAGUUCCUCCCUGAUGCUAAUAAUUCAAUGCUGCUGGGUAAACCGACACCAGACCGGGUGGAUUCAGUUCGUAAUGAUCAUGGAGCCACAGUGAAGAGACCGCUCCUCAACACCAAGCAGAGGCUCAGUCAGAAUGGGCUUCCCCUGAGGAGGCCUUCAGGACUGCCCCUCACACCUCCCAUCAAGAAGAAACCAAAAAUAAUGGGGAAGGACCAUGGGAUUGGUGAAAUUGGCAAGCACAGCACAAGCACUGAAACAAUGUUCUUUGAAAAGGUCAGGAAGGCCCUCAGGAGUCCAGAGGCUUACGACAACUUCCUGAGGUGUCUGCACAUCUUCAAUCAGGAAGUGAUUUCUCGAGCUGAAUUGGUCCAGCUGGUCAUCCCGUUCUUGGGAAAAUUCCCUGAACUUUUUUCGUGGUUCAAGAACUUCCUGGGCUACAGAGAGUCCAUGCACAGCGAGUCAAGCCACGCCGAGAGUCUGCCAAAGGAGCGCGGCACAGAGGGCAUCGCCAUGGAGAUUGACUACGCCUCCUGUAAGAGACUUGGCUCCAGCUACAGAGCCCUGCCCAAGAGCUACCAGCAGCCCAAGUGUACUGGGAGGACGCCGCUCUGCAGAGAGGUUUUGAAUGAUACGUGGGUGUCAUUCCCCUCCUGGUCUGAGGACUCCACCUUUGUGUCCUCUAAGAAGACCCAGUAUGAGGAGCACAUUUACAGAUGUGAAGACGAGCGCUUUGAGCUGGACGUAGUUCUGGAGACUAACCUGUCCACCAUCCGCGUGCUGGAGACUGUACAGCGCAAACUGUCCCGGAUGCCCGCUGAGGAGCAGGUGCGCUUCAGACUGGACAACAGCCUGGGCGGCUCCUCGGACACCAUCCACAGAAAGGCCAUUCACAGGAUAUACGGAGACAAGGCUCAUGACAUCAUCGACGGACUCAAGAGGAACCCUGCUGUCUGUGUGCCCAUAGUGCUCAAGAGGUUGAAAAUGAAAGAGGAGGAAUGGAGAGAAGCUCAGAGAGGUUUUAACAAAGUGUGGAGGGAGCAGAAUGAGAAGUAUUACCUCAAGUCUCUGGAUCAUCAGGGCAUCAACUUCAAACAGAACGACACCAAAGUGCUCCGGUCCAAGUCGCUGCUCAGUGAGAUCGAGAUGCUCUACGACGAGCGCCAGGAGCGAUCCUCAGACGACACGUCCACGGCGCCCCCUAGCGGUUCCCACAUGACCCUGAGCUACGAGGACAGUCAGAUUCUGGAGGACGCCGCCGCUCUCAUCAUCCACCACGUGAAGAGGCAGGUGGGCAUCCAGAAGGAGGACAAGUGCAAGAUCAAACAGAUCAUCCAGCACUUCAUCCCAGACCUGUUGUUCUCCCGACGCGGCGAGCUGUCCGACGCAGAGGAGGACGACGACCAGGAGCCAGACGCAACAGAGGACGCAGCCAAGAAGCCCAAUGGUCUCCCAGCCAGCGGGCCGCCAAAGUCCAAACUGCUGUUCAGCAACUCUGCCGCGCACAAGCUGAAGGGUACAGAGGACGCCUACAACCUCUUCUACGUCAAUAACUACUGGUACACCUUCCUCCGCCUCCACCACAUCCUCUGCACCCGCCUUCUGCGCAUCUACAGCCAGGCGGAAAAGCAGAUCGAAGAGGAGACCCGCGAGAGGGAGUGGGACAAGGACGCCCACGGCAACAAGAAGGACAAGAAGGACAACCCUGCCAUCCAGCUCAAGAUGAAGGAGCCCAUGGACGUGGAGGUGGAGGACUACUAUUCAGUCUUCCUGGAGAUGGUGAGGAAUCUUCUAGAUGGGAACAUGGAGCCAGCCCAGUACGAGGACACUCUGAGGGAGAUGUUCACCAUCCACGCCUACGUAGCCUUCACCAUGGACAAGCUCAUCCAAAGCAUCGUCCGACAGCUCCAGCACCUGGUCAGUGAGGAUGUGUCCAUACGAGUGACAGACCUCUACCUCAGUGAGAGCACCUCCAAAGCCACAGGGGGCGCUCUGUGCUCCCAGGCCUCCCGCGGUACAGCAGAGGCAGGAUACCAGCGCAAGGCUGAGCAGCUCACAGCUGAAGAGAACUGCUUCAAGCUGAUGUUUGUGAAGGGCCCAGGAGCUGUGAGUCUGGGCAUUGAGCUACUGGACACAGAGGAGGACAACUCAGAUGAGCCUGCUGAAGCAGAGAGGUGGUCGGACUAUGUGGAUCGGUACCUCAACACAGACUCUGCCUCUCCAGAGCUCAGAGAACACCUGGCCCACAAACCUGUGUUCCUGCCCAGAAACCUCCGUCAGAUCCGUAAGUGCCAGCGCGGAUGGGAGCAGCUACAGCAGGACCGGCCCCCUCGAGAGGACAGUGAGCUCAAGAGGCAGUGCAUGUUCAAACUCAACUCAUACAAGAUGGUGUACGUGUGCAAGUCGGAGGACUACAUGUACCGGCACACGGCCCUCACCCGGGCCCACCAGUCUCACCAGCGCGUCCACACUCGCCUGCACAGACGCUUCCACACGUGGCUGGACGCGUGGGCCCAGGAUCACGUGACCAGCGACAUGGCGGCCCACACGCACAGGUGGCUGAUGGGGGAGGGCCAGGAGGAGCUGAUGCCCUGCUCCACCGCGCUGUGCCCCGAAGUCCUGCAUUACAUCAACGUCAACAAGUACCGGGUGACCUACAAAACGCUAUAGUCCCCGGACCCGGCGUAGCUCCAACACAACCUGCCACUUAAAGACAUUCAACCACACCCACGAGCCCAACCGCAUGUGUUACUGCCAUUCUCGAGUCCCAACUUUUUAAUAAUACACUGAUUUGAUGGAAAUGUACUGAUCAGAUUUAGUGGUCGAACCCGGGCGUACGUCGAAAACCGUCUGGGGAAAUGGUAGGAAAUGCACUUGCAAAAAAACGUUGUUACAAAAUGUUUCGAAUCUUACAAAGUUACAAAUAAUUUCGCACAAAACUUUCUUUCUUCUUAAAGGUUCUAUAUAUCGUGUUGCUUUGACUUGACUCCACCUCAUGACAUCAUCCGGUGGUAAAACACAACAACUCUUCUGUGUUUUCAGAGUCUUUUCACCUCUGCCAAACACGUUAUUUAAAAGUGCACUGUGUAACUUUUGGGGGUAAAGGUCGCUCCACCUGCUUGUUCCCGUGGAGAUUUAAUCGCUGUGCCUGGAAUAUUCCGCAGUAUGGCAUUUAACAUGAAUAUUUUUUGUUUUUAUUACAGUAACUGUGUUUUUAUAGGUAAAAAAAAUCCACUGUAUUUUCUCCACAGAUCGGAUUUGUAACUUCGCCUGGUGAUGGGUAUGUUUAAAGCCAUACUGUGGAACAUUCUGUAGCUAAACCUUCAUUGAGACAAGCAUACCGCCCAUCAGAAAAAUUGCACAGUGAAUCUUUAAAUGACUUGAACCAAAAAUCGUAACAAUACAUGAUGUAGGACCUACAGGAAAAUACUGCAAUACAAUUUUAAUCCUCAGGCUGGUGUUAAAGAGCUUAUAUUACAUUAUAUUUUGAUCUGUUAUUUUCCUCAUCACAAACAGACCUGGAGUUGUGUUUUGUUUCAUUCACAAACUGAAAACGCUCAGUUCCACCUUGUGAUGUCAUUUUUGAGACUCCAUACACCUUCACUAGAAUCACUUGGGUAAUUUCCAACCUGGAAUUGCCAACUUCUACCGAACAAAAGUGAAAAUGUAGCAUCACAAAGUGGAACAGAGCAUUUUGAGUUUUGGAAAUGUAGCCAGAUUAAUAAUAAAACAUUACUCAAAUGUGUGAAUGAAACAAAACACAACUUGGGUAUGUUUUUGAGGAGGGAACACAACUGAAAACUCACAAGAAUCCAUUUUGUGUACCGUAACGUAGGACCUUUUUUUGAAGCAGUUCACGUAAAAUGGAGACCUAUACGCGUCAAGUGGGUUGUACAAUUUAAAACCUGUGAAUGUUUUUCUAUUAGGAUGCACUGUAUAUGCCCCAUCAAACCAAGUGUAUUCUCCAAUAACUUAUGACUGCGUCUGUACAUAUGUUUAUAACUAGAUUUUUUAUCAAUUGUCUUGUGUAGCCAGCGUUGACAGAUUUAGACUUUAGAUAGAGAUGUAUUAAGUAUUUUAACUGUUUUUUUGUUUUGUUUACCAAAGGUUUAUUAGUUCUGUUUCUUAGUCUAUGACCCACAUUUCAACAGCUCCUGCCCAGUGUAAGUACAUACUGUUUAAAUGAAGCGUUGCAAUGACUUCAAACUGAAUGUAGCACACAUUUUGGUCUUAAAGGGUCCAUAUUACACUAUUUUCUGAUCUGUGUUAGGUUGCUUCCUCAUCACAAACAGACCUGGAGUUAUUUUUAUUCUCACAUUUGAAACUGUUCUACUUUGUGACGUCAUGUGGUAAAACAGGAAGCGCUCUGAUGUGUGUUCAGAUCUGGAAUUGGUGAUUUCUAGUGAACAAAAGAAAUUGUGAUGUUUUGAGGUCAACAUCUACAAGGUGGAAUAGAGCGUUUUGAGUUUUUGAGAUGUAGUCUGACUAAAUACAGUCUUACUCAAACAUGUGAAUAAAACAAAAACAGCUCCAGGUCUGUUUUUGAUGACGUAGCAACAUUCUAACGUGGAUUAAAGCUCACAAGAGUCAAUUUUGCGUAAUUUAGGACCUUUAACUGGUCAGUUUUGCUGUCUUGGUCGAUGCAAAACUACCAGUGCUCAAUUUAAGCACCAAAAAGCAAUAAUUCUUGUUGAUUUGAUUAGUUACAUAUUGAAUGACUGAAUUUAGAAGUUAGAUUUUUUAUUUUAAUUUUUUUUCUGAAUUGGCAUAUGUUCAAGAAAUAAUGAGUCAGAUGUAAAAUAACAAGCUUUUAUUUUGAAAUGUUUAAAAGUGACAAUUUUAGAAAAUGUGAUAGAAUGGGGGGGGAAAAAAACAUACAAAAAUUCCACAUUUCCUGCAGUGAGUCCAGCUACAGACAAUCGGAGCCGUUUCAUACUUUUAUUUUUGUACUGCGUGUAGUGUCAGAGAGCCACCUCCAGGGGGCGACUGUACAUAAAGUUUGUAUGUGUUCAUGUUUCAGAUGUUGUACAUGAGUGUAGUCUGGUGUUUGGCAUUAAACUCUACUUUGACUAGAAGUAAAAA